AUGACCGCCGCCUUGACCCCCACGCCCCCGCCACCAGCGGCCCCCACACUCGCCUCCAUCGGUACUGUGCUCAUCGACAUCUUCGAGCCCCGCUCCCCUUACUCCCCCGACACCCCUCAGUCCCAUUCGUCCUCCCUGCCCGAGUCUCGCAUCGUCACCCCUCAGAUCACACCGGCACGACGACCCACCCGCCUGCCGAGCCUCGAGAGCCUCAACACCCCGCGCACGCCGCAGCUCACUACGUUCAACGAGCCCCUCGGGGGCGGCACACCCGUCAUCGGCGGCGGGGCGCUGUACGCUCUUGUCGGGGCACGCGUGUGGCUUCCUGCCCGCGAGAUGCGCACCGUCAUUGACCGUGCCGAGCCCUCGUCACCGUCCUCGUCCAGCAGCUGGGGUGUCAAGGGCGAAGAAGCCGACAUUGACCUGAACGACCAUGACGCGAUGUUCGCCGCUGCGGCCGCCAAGAGCGCCGCCGCCGCCGCUGACGAGGACGAUUUCCCCGUCGAGCUCGAGCACGAGAUCCGGCAGUUUGGCGACGAGAUGUGGGUGUACAACCGCGGCCCGGGUCUGCGUACUCCGCGCGCAAGGAUUGCAUACGACGGCGACGUCCGAACGUACCAACAUGUGGUGAAGCCAUCGCUCCGCACGGGCACCCAGAUCGCUGCGGGCCCCCUCUUUGGCGCAGAGUACCUCCACGUCUCGCCACCAUACGGCCCGUCCGAUCUCUUGCACCUCCUCGACGAGAUUGACGCCGAAUGCACGGGCUGGGAACCCAAGAUUGCAUUUGAGCCCACCCCGUCCUCUUGCCACUCGGGCGAGCGCGCAAACCUCGAGCGGGUCGCUCCGCGCGUCGAGAUCCUCUCGCCCAACCACGAGGAGCUGCUGUCGUUUUACGGCGUCGCCCUCCCAGACACUCUGGAGGAGACGUGCGCCGCUGUCGAAGUCGCUAUCCGCCACCUGCUGGCCAUCGGUGUCGGUGCCAACGGAGAGGGCAUCGUCGUCGUCCGCUGUGGCGCUAUUGGCGCCUGUGUGGGCACGCGCGCCGGCGGCCUCGUCUGGACUCCCGCAUACUGGGCCAACGACUCGGACCGUGUUCGCGACGUCACGGGCGCCGGCAACGCGUUCAUCGGCGGGUUUGUCGCCGGCCUCAAGAUCACAACCGGUAACCCGUACGAGGCCGUCUUGUACGCCACGGUCUCGUCGUCGUUUGUCGUCGAGCAACUCGGCUUGCCCGCCAUCACCCCUGCAUACUCGUCGACGCCGUCAUCGUCGCCGCUUGGUUUGACAAUGAGCGCCGCUCAGGGCUCGCCUCCCGAGGUUAUCGAGGGCAUGGCCGCACUCAAGCUCCGCGCAGCGGCCCGCAUCGAGAUGUGGAACGAGGACGCGCCCCAGCGCCGUCUCGAGUUCCUGCGUGCCCGUGCCCGCGUCUUUGCCUAA